AUGAUGACUUCUUCCCACCCAUCACCAACCUCACCUUUCCGACCCGUCUUCUCAUCAAAUCAAUAUUGGGAAGCUUCUGCCCCUACCACAUCAACAUCUCAUCAACCUUUCUCACAUAGAUUACGAUCAACCAUGAGUCACCCAUUCUCAUCAACAUCUUCCGCUUCUAGCUCGAGGUGCGCCAGUCCAUCUGGGUCUUGGUCCGCUUCUCCAGCAAUGUCGCCUAACCCAUCGAUGACGUACAAUUCUCGUGAAUCGACCGCGGAGAGUGUCGAACUCUCGACUCCUUCUUCGUCUAGACGAAGAAUUGGAGGUGGAUUCUGGACUUCGUUGAUACACCAUGGGAAACACGUAUCAAAGGGAGUGGAUCAUUCAGAAGAUGAGAUGAUGCAAGUUGACACCGUUGCUGAUUCAUUCUCAUUCACUCCACCACCUUCACGCCCAAUCUGCUCACUCUCAGCAUCCUAUCAAUGUUCCGAAACGUCCACUUUGAUCCCACCAGCUUUCUACCCUGGUCAAUCGAUUCCUGUCGUAUUGACAUUCGAACUCGAUCGAUUCUCUUCAUUGCCACAUUACCUUAACCCUACUUUAUCCAUGUCUCUCAUCGGUACCCUACACCUUCCAGGUCAAUUACCACGAACAAUCAUCUGCGUGUCCGUCUCAUUAUCAGAAGGAUUGGCAUUAUGGGCAAGGGAUGCUCAGCAGACAUAUCUUAGAAACCCACCUCAACCUAGUGAAUGUUCAAUCGACCCAACUUAUGGAUUACCAGGCGGUACAUAUUCUUUACCUCUUACUGUUCAAGUACCCUCCACACCUAGAUUACCACCCUCAUUCACCGUCCGAUCAUCUUCCUUCGCCGUCACCUACGCACUGACAGUCACGCUCUCAUGCGACGAUCCAGCUUUCCCCAAUACGGUGCCAGCAGCUCCACGAUAUGUCCCUUCUUCGUUCUUUGUGAAAACGGAUUUACCUAUCGAAUCGACUUUUAUGACUCCAGGUGAAGUCUUGCCGAUCUUACCCAGACAAAGUGUCAAAUGGACGAUCCAUCCUCAUAUACCGACCACAACCUAUUCACCUACGUCGAUCAUCCCAUUCUCGCUUUCACUCACACCACCAUCGGUAUCUGAUUUGGAAUCGGAAUUACCAUCUGGAUACAGACCUUUGCAACCUACCAUGCAGGUCUUGAUAAGAUUAGCAUUAGUCAGAAGAGAACACUCCUCUCUGUCUAAACUGGAGCCACUCGAUUCGCAAGGGAAUGGUUUGGUAAUUGAAGAAGAGAUCGUAUCAAGAUGGGGAUGCAUUGAAUCUUCAUCAGAUGAGAGAAUCAAAUUGAAAGAUGUCGCUUUACCACUUCUCCCUCGUGGAAGUACGACUUGGAAACAUGGUAUGUCAACAAUGUUGAAUGUCAAUUCAUCGACGACAUCCCCAUCUCCGGAAAGUGAAGAACCAGGAGUAAGCGUCUCUUCGACAUUCCAUGUAAAUGUUACUUUGGCUUUCCUGUCUAUCACACCUGGUUCACCCGUCUUGACGGAUUAUCUACCAGCUGGAUUUUCAGACCUUGAGAAUGUACCGAUUUCGAUCCCUCGAUCAGGAGAAUUUAGCGAACCUCUAUCACCCAAUUCGCCAGGGUACUUUAACAUAUCUCAAUUCAAGAGGUUCUUCCCUGGUACAGUUAAGACACUUCCCUUGCCUAUCGUAGUAGGUUCGGUAUCCGAACCUAGAGGUGCGAUGCAUAACAUGAGAUGGAGUGAUUUACAUUUAUCGAGAAACGCAAGAGGUAGAGAAGUAGGUAGAAUGAUUCACGGUGAAUCCCUUUCGAUGGAAAAUGGUUGGAUGGUCCCUCCUCCAUCGUAUAAUGAAGCUAUCAAAACGGUCCCUUACGAAUUUAAAGUAGAAUUAUAA